CCUCACUCUGCUUCCUUUCCCCCCCUUCACCUUCUUCAUCCUCCUCACUUCCCGGAAAAACUCUGUCUCUCUCUCUCUCUCACCCAAUUGCAGAAAAGCAAACCCAUUUCAACAAAAUGGACCCACCCAGAUUCGUAAUCGAACCAUCCGAGGCCGAAUCAUUGGCACAAAAAUCAGGCCUCACAAUCACCCAGCUCCUCCCCACCCUCGUAAAAUCCGCCCAAUCAUUAGCCCGUCCACCCAUAUCCAACUACUACGUGGGCGCCGUCGCGCUCGGAUCAUCGGGUCGGAUCUUCUUCGGAGCCAACCUCGAAUUUCCGGGUCUCCCUCUCCAUCACUCAGUCCACGCCGAACAAUUCCUCAUCACUAAUCUCAGCAUCAAUAACGAACCCAAUCCCAAAUACGUCGCCGUUUCCGCCGCCCCUUGCGGCCACUGCCGCCAAUUCUUCCAAGAAAUCCGCGGCGCACCGGAUAUUCAGAUCCUCAUCACCGGCGAUAGCAACAGUAAUAACAGUCCUAACGGAGAAAUUAAAACGUUUGAAACUCUGUCUAAUCUCCUCCCGGACAGAUUUGGGCCGUUCGAUCUCUUAGAUAAGACUGUUCCGUUGCUUUUAGAACCACGUUAUAAUAACUUGUCGCUAAUAAUCCGCAACGGUGGGAUUAAAAUUAAUUCUACUAAUUCAAUUUCCGAUGAAUUAAAAUUAGAAGCAUUGGAGGCUGCUAAUCUGUCUCAUGCACCGUACAGUAAAUGCCCAUCUGGAGUGGCAUUGAUGGAUAGUGAGGGAAAGGUUUAUAAAGGGUCGUAUAUGGAAUCCGCCGCUUAUAAUCCGAGUUUAGGGCCGGUUCAGGCGGCGAUCGUGGCCUAUAUGGUGGGCGGCGGCGGCGGAUAUGAGAGGAUUGUGGCGGCCGUGUUGGUAGAAAAGGAAGAGGCUGCGGUGAGACAGGAGCUGACUGCGAGGUUGGUUUUGCAAGUGAUUUCUCCCAACUGUGAGUUUAAGGUGUUUCAUUGCAAUUCGAAGUCUUGAUUUGAGUUAUUAUUAUUUGGAAAUGUGUAUUCAUAAUUUAAUUGAUCAUUUAAAUAAAAGAAAGUAUGCUUAAUUAGCAUGCAAAUUGUACACACAUUUGUCUUUUACGUUAAUAAAUUAAACAACACUUGGCUUUUGGCCUUUCUUCUUGA